AUGGAAGAAAGAAUCGAAGUUGGAUAUGAUGACUUAUCAGGAAUUGCACAAAUUAUGAACAAUAACUUUGCUUCUACGCAAAGCAUUCAAACAUCAUCAGAUAUUCAAAAUCAAAUGGAAGUACUAUUAAAUCGUGGUAUUUUUCAAAGUUUUGAAUCUAAUGAUGAUGUUGAUAAUUCACAGUAUUAUCAUAAUAGUGGUAAUGAAGAAGGUAGUGGUGAUGGUGGUGGUGGUAAUUGCAGUGAAGAAGAAGAAGAAGAUAGUGGCAGUAGUGGUUAUAAUAAUAAUAAUAGAUUUUCUGACAGUGAUGUUGCUGUGAUUGUUGAGGAUGACAAUGACAAUGAUAAUAAUUAUAAUUAUGAUUAUAAUACUGAGGUUAAAAAUUUCACAAAAAACCCUGAACUAUCAUCAUAUGAAGAAGAAGAUGAUGGUGAGGGUGUGGGUGAUGAGGGUGUGGGUGAUGAGAAUAGUGAUUUGGAUGAAGAAAGUGAUGAUGAAGCAAGUGUUAAUAUAAUUGAAAUUGAUUGA